UUUGUCCAUACAUUUCCUUAAUAAAUAAAUCACAAAUUUUAACGUUUUUUCUGAACUGUUUAAUGAGGUGUCUAUAUUCAUAAUUUUAGGAUUUGUUUGAAAUUCUGUUUAGGGUGACAAUUUAAAGGAGAGCACCAUGAAAGGGUUAAUGAGGUUUAAGGUUGAGUUCUCAGGGUGAGAGCUGUGCCUGUGUGUGUGCUUCCCAACACGCUGAUGUGUGUUGAUUACUUGACCAAUCAGAGGUCGAGGAGCGAGGUGAAGAGUUCAGGCUUGUUAAGACCUGCCUGGACACCUGCGUCUCUCCCCUCCUUCAGCUCGUCUCCGAUAUUCAGCAUUUAACAUGGACAGAUUUAAGAGAAGACUUCGAAAUUUAAGGAAUCACCACCAAAAGUGCGAAGAGAGAUUUGAAAAUGCUCGGGCCAAAAAGGACCACUGCCCCUCAUCAAGUGAACAUACACCUGUCAAAGAGAGGCGUGGUGAUGAACCUGAUAAAGCCUGCUAUCCCCCACCAACACCAUCACCAUCCGUAGAAGAUGAGGAGUCUCUGUUAUCCAGCUACAGUGGAUCUGAUGCAGACUACAAACCAUCAUCACCAUCAUCCAGUGAGGAUGAGGUCCUUGCACAAGAGUCAGAGUCCUCCUGCCACAGUGCACCUGAGAAUCACCACAGUCACUCAUCCAGUGAAACUAGUAUCUGGAAGGCUAAGGACCAGAAGGCCAAAGAUGGAGAGGUGCCACAUUCAGCUGCAGCAAGGUCACCUGUAAAGAGACUAUGGCAGACUGCAAGAAGAAGACAUGAUGAAGAUGGUUGUGGUGCUGAUGAGGAUGAUGGGAUUAAUAACACCAUUCAAGGAUUUGAAAAUGCAGAUGAAAUGGUGUACCAGGAGAGAUGUGGAACACCACCUGUUGAGCAAAAUGAGCGAUCUACCGAGAAACGUGAUGAUGAUGGUUGGGAUGAAAAGGAUAGAAAAGGGCGUGUUAAGAGACAAAAGGAAAAUGUAAACAAACGAAAGCGUCAAGUUGAUGAUGACUGGGAUGGAGAGGAGAGACAGACUGCUGACACCAGAUCCCCUUUGAAGGGCCGAAAGAAGACUGCAGCUACAAGAGAACGUAAUAAUCUUGAUGUUCCAGAAAUGGAAGUCAAGAAACAAGGUAAGAGACCCUGGACUGACAAGGAGAGGACUGCAGUAAAACGACAACUUGCCAAGUUCAUCGCACUGAAGAAGGUUCCAGCAAAGGAAGACUGCAUGAUGUGUAUUUGCAAAGAGUCUCCAGUCCUGAGAACACGGUCGUGGAAAGACGUGAAAUAUUUUGUCUACAAUGAAAUUGUUAAAAUCAAGAAAAAGCUUGCAUUUUGCAGGAAACACCUGGCUGUUCUAUAUUGUUCAAAUCAAAAGCUGCAUUUUGAAUAGUUGCAAUAUGUUUAUAUCUUCUGCACUUUGCACAACAGUCUUGUUACUGGCGUUUUUGGUUGCCAAGACUAAGUUAUAAAUCUAAUGUCCACCAGUUGUUAUUGUUAUUUAUGGAUUGAGUCUGCCAUGUUUGUGUUUAACACUGUGGAACAGGAAUAGCUUUCAGAAAAAGAAGCAUGCACUUCUGAAGUUCACUUGAUUAAUUACUAAAUGUAUGCGCAACCACAAAAGGUCACAAUCAUAUUACAUCUUAAUCAAAUGUGAUCAACAAAUUUCCAGUUUUAACUGGCAGCUCAGCUAUCAGUUAGGACUACUAUUCUAAUUCUUUUUUACAUAGAAAAAAGCCACAGAAUUGAUAUGACUUAAAAAGAAGUUGUUUUGAAAAUUGACAAUAGGC